AUGUGGUUUUUUUAUUUGUUCUACUUGUUUACAGUAUUAGAAAAAUCUUUUUUCUCAUUAGAUAUAGUAGAUAGAAUAUUUUAUCAAACAAAUGAAGUAAGAAAUUUAAAUUUUUCCCUUGAUUAUAGAAAUAGUGAAAAAUUAGCUACAGAUGACCCUAUAUACGAUAAUGGAGAACAAUUGUAUGGUUAUACACAUAAAUCACUUGAAAAUAUUAUACCAAUUAGAUCUCAUGAUAAAAUAAAGGAAUAUCUUUCUGAUAUUGUAGACAAAAAUUCAUGUGCUUAUUUUAUAACUCAAGAAAAUUCUAGCUCUGAGUUAAAAGAAAAAUGCAUGAAUAAACAUUUUUGCGGAAUAUUACCUAAAAAUGCACACAUAAGUGAAGAAACAAAAAACAAUAGGAUUUAUUGUGCACACAUCAAUAAAUCAUAUAUAAUUAUAUACUCUCUAGGAGAGCCAAUUGUAGUUGAACCAAAUGUUGUUUUUCAAGAGUUAUUUUUUGAAAAAGAAAAAAAAGGUAUCUUGGAUUGUCAUGGUUUGACAAUAGAUAUACGUCUUAUAAAUAUUCAUACACAACAUGGAUGUCUACAAGAUAAACUUCUAAAUAAUAUAAUGAGUGAAUGUAAUGAGAAAAGCCAUUGUGAAAUUAUUUUUUCCAAUGUUGACAAAAGCUCUAAGUGCUUAACUGCUCACAGUUUUUUUGUGAGCAUUUAUUAUGAAUGUAAACCAAAUUGUAAUAUAAAAAAUGAAAAUGAAAUAUGUAAAGCAACUAGUACAGAAACCAAAGAAGUAACAUGUAAAUAUGGUUACAAUAUGUUAAAUAGUGAUGAAGGAACAUGUCAAAAAAACACUGCAUGUUUAAAUGAAAUUUGUUCAGUAAAUGAAUAUUGCAAUACUACAGAAAGAUCAUGUAUAUGUAGAGAUACAAUACUAGAUAAUGGAAAUGACAAAUGCGAAUAUGAUAAUGUAUGUGAUUUGUUAAAAUGUCCUAAAGAUGCUAGUUGUGAAUAUUCCUUAGACGGAAAAAAAGCUCAAUGUAAAUGUUCUGAUCAUAAAAUUUUUUAUAAUAAUAAAUGUUAUACUCCAAAUGAACUAGAAUUAGCUAUCCAAUUAGAACUAAGAAAAAACAAUACAAUUUAUAAAGAUCAUUUAUAUGAAGGUUCUGCAUUACAAAUGAAACAUAUAUUUCUAAAAUGCGAAGAAAAUUAUUCCAUUGAAGUAAUUAAUGCUUAUGCUACAUGUUAUAAAGUUCAAUUUAGUGAUAACAAAAUGAAAUAUAUGACAGAAAUUUUAAAAAAAGAAUGUAAUGGAAAGAUGAGUUGUAUAUAUGGAAACGGUGUAGAUCAUGAAGAUACGACAAUUUAUAGUAUGUGCAAUAACUCUAAUAUAGUUUUCAAAUAUCAAUAUUUGUGUAAAGCUGAUAAUCAAGAAGAGAAUCAUAGUAAUAAAAAAAAAGUUGAAAUUUUUAGAAGUAGAUUCAGGAGUAAAUUACAGUGUCAAGGAGGAGAAAUAACUAUUAAUAAAGCCCUAUUGAAAACAGGAGAAGGUUGCGACGAUUUAGAUUUGAGUGAUUCUUUAAAAAAGUAUUGUGACGGAUUAAGUGAUUGUGAUAUAGGCUUAACUCAUCAUUUUGAUACAUAUUGCAUAAAUGAUCAGUAUCUUUUUGUUACUUAUGAAUGUUCAGAUUUAUGUGGAAAAUGCACUGAAAAUUCUUCCUGUUAUGGAAAUAAAUUUCAGCAUAGAUGUUUUUGUAAUAAGCCUUAUAUAAGCAAAAAUGAAGGAAGUGUUUGUGAAAAACCAACAAGUUGUGACUCUGUCACUUGUGGAGUAGGGCAAGUAUGCAAGGAUACUAAUAAUAAAAUUUUUUGUGAAUGUGAUCAAGGAUAUAAAAAUGUUGAUGGUUCUUGUAUAAAAGAUGAUGGAUGCGAUCUUUUAUGCCCAUCAAAUAAAUUAUGUACCAUAGAAGAUGAUAUAAAAAAGUGUAAAUGUCCAGAAGGAUAUAUAUUAGAAAAAGGAGUAUGUGUUUGCUCUAAAGAUGAAUAUAUAAUAGAUCAAGAUGGUAAUUGCAUACCUAAAAAUAAAUGUAAGAGAGAAGAAUAUAAAAAUAUAUGUACUAAUGAAGGUGAAGAAUGUGUUUAUAAUAAAGAAAGUGAAAUUAUAAGAUGUGAAUGUAAAAUGCAUUACAUAAAAAAUGAACGUGGUGAAUGUAUACCAAAAAAUUACUGUUUAGAGCAUACCUGUGGAAGGAAUGAAGAAUGUAGAAUGGUUAAUUUUACUCCUCAAUGUGAUUGUAGAGAAAAUUUUAAAAGAGAAAGUGAAGGAGUAUGCGUUCAUGAAAAUUUUUGUUUACAAAAUAGAGGAAAUUGCCCUAUAGAUUCUACAUGUAUAUAUAAAGAAGAUGGUAUUCAUGAAUGUAGAUGCAAUAAACAUGGAUAUCUUGCAGUAGAUGGUAGUUGUGUUUUAGAAGAUAAAUGCAGUAGUCAUAAUAUAUGCUCAGAAAACUCUCUUUGUGUAAAUGUAUUAAAUAAACAACCAUUAUGCAUAUGUAUGUUUAAUUAUUCUAAAUUAGGUGGAAAAUGUGUAAUUAAAAAUCCUUGCUUAAAAGAAAAUGGAGGUUGCCCAAGAAAUUCAAUAUGUUCAAUGAGGAAUAAUAAAGUAACUUGUGAAUGUAAAGAAGAUUACAAAAAAGAAGGUAAUUUAUGCGUUCCUGAAAUUACUGAGAAUGAUAAAGAUUCCACAUUUAAUUGUAAUAAUAAUGUAUCUGCUGCUCUUGGUUCUUGUGGAAUCAUAGAAUUUAAUUAUAAAGAUAAUCAGAUAAUUUGGAAAAUAAAUAAUACAAAUGAAUCCUAUAUUUUUGAUUAUGAAUAUCCAGAAUCAGGAAUUUUAAAGGCUCAUUUUAAAAAUAAAGGUGAUAAAUCUAUUGUUUUCUUAAAAAAGGAGGAUGGAAAUAACAUAAUUUUUGAUGACUUUCACGUAGACCAUGAACGCUGUAUGUAUGAAAACGUAUUUUUUUACACAUCUAAAGAAAACAAUGAGAAAACUGGUUAA